AUGACUAAAAAUCUGGAAUUUGCUUGUGAAGUGACUUUACAGCCUUUGCGCCGUUAUGAGCUUGAUGCCGCAAUUCUAUUUUCAGACAUUUUGACUGUUCCCGAUGCUUUAGGUUUAGGGCUUUAUUUUGAAACAGGUGAAGGCCCUAAAUUCCAUAAAACAGUUCGUACUGAACAGGAUGUGGCAAAUUUACCCAAAUUCGAUGCCAAAUCUGAUCUGGCUUAUGUCAUGAAUGCGGUUUCAACCAUUCGUUCAGCUUUGGGUGGUCAAGUGCCUUUAAUUGGUAGUCCGUGGACCUUGGCAACCUACAUGGUGGAAGGUGGUUCAAGUAAAGAUUUCCGUUUUACCAAACAGAUGAUGUAUGCACAACCUGAAAUCGUUUAG